CUGAGCAUUCUGACCUCUCAGCUGGCCUCAGAGGGACGAAUGCACAAACACAUCUGCACAUAUUAAUAGGCACGCUCACAGCUGCUCAUUUUGUCUAAGUCCCUGAAGAUGUUGUUCUUCGUCUUGUUUUCGCUCCUCUGUUUCAACCCAUCUCUGAGCCUGAGGAUCUGCUCCUUCAAUGUGAGGUCUUUUGGAGCAGCCAAAAUAGCCAGAGCCGAGGUGCUGGAUGCUGUGGUGAAGAUCAUCUCUCGCUGUGACAUCAUGCUGCUGAUGGAGAUAAAGGAGAACAAGAACAGGACGUGUCCCCUGCUCGUACAGCAGCUGGCUGGCCAGACAAAAGGGAAGAGGGAGGAGUACAGCUGUGUGGUCAGCGGGCGGCUGGGCAGGAAGAGCUACAAGGAGCAGUACGCCUUCCUCUACAGGAGAAACCUGGUGUCAGUGAAACAAACCUACCAGUACCCCGACACCCAGCCUGGGGACGAGGACGCCUUCUCCCGAGAGCCCUUCAUCGUUUGGUUCCAGUCACCAAAAACCACUGUCGAGGAGUUUGCUAUAGUCCCUCUGCACACUGCGCCGGAGAUGGCAGUACGGGAGAUUGAUGAGCUCUAUGAUGUGUAUUUAGACAUAAAGCAGCACUGGGACACCAAGAACUUUAUCUUCAUGGGGGACUUCAACGCGGGGUGCAGCUACGUUCCACGGAAGCACUGGAAGAACAUCCGCCUGAGGACGAACUUGGAGUUUGUCUGGCUCAUCAGUGACACAAACGACACGACAGUCAGGAGGAGCACCAGCUGCCCCUAUGACAGGAUCGUGGUCAGUGGGGAGCAGCUCAGCCAGGCCGUCGUGCCACACUCCGCUAACAUCUUUGAUUUCCAGAUGGCUUUUCAGAUGAGUGAGGAGCAGGCUCUGGGGGUGAGCGACCACUUCCCGGUGGAGUUUGAGCUGAAGGCACGUGGCGGCUUCUUCGACUGGAUAAAAUCCAAGUUCUCAAAGAAGGGGAGAGCAAGAAAGAACCGCCGCUCGGGCUCAUGAGCAUGCCAGGUCCGCUCGCACAGCGAGAACACGAGGAGGCAGUGGGUCUUCCAGCUGGGCAGUGCGGACAUGCUCACAGCCAGUGCAGUAUUUAGCAGGAAAACAAAGAUUUUGUCACACUUCAAACAUUUUGGGUCCGAAGGUGAACGGAACCUUCUUGAUUGUAAGCUCAGUGCAAAUAAAUCAGCUAGAAGCAG